AUGAUAUAAUAAUAACAAUAUACAACAUGCAUUUAAAUUUUUUCAAGUGUUAAAAUAUUCAUUCGAUAACUGAUAUUUAAAAUAAACGACUACCGUACAACUGUAGACGAAAAACUAAUUACACUUUUAAACUUCACUGAAUAUAUUAGAUCAGAUAAACAUGUGAUUGUAAGAAAAGUCAAAUAUUUUAUUCAAAAACAUGUUACAGGUACUUAGCCGCCUUGUAUCAUAUUUCCGUUAAAUUAGUGAAAACAGAUUUUUUAUAAUAUGUUGGAUAUACUUUGGACUUUUAUUGGACACACGGAGGGUUUAUAAGCUAGUGAGCGACAGAUUGCAAAAUAUUGGCUGAACUCUAGUGUGUUAAAAAUAUUUCGGGUGUUAUUACCCGCAAAAUAGAUUUUUAAAGUUCAUUCAGUGUUUGUCUAAAGGUUUCAAACAGAAACAUGUUUUACAUAAAUGAUAUAACGCGGAACAAAACUUAAAAACGUUACAUUUAUAGAAGAAAAUCUUAAAUAGUUAUAUAUGUCUUAUAGGCUUCUUGUAUCUUGUGAAAUAGCAAGCGUAUGGUUUUAUGGUUCUGAAGGCUGUCUUGGUCACAGAAAUCCUUGUUAUUAGACAAAUCUGUACCAUACAACGUAGAAUCUUUUCAAGUUCAAAAGUUCAGAGAUCAGGAUAACUUAAUAGGAAAAUAUGCAUCGGCAUCGUGAGAACAUAAACAAAGUGUUGUAUUUGGCGUUAAUUGUUGUUCUGAUUACUCCUGUGACAUGUCACACAAUGACAGACGCAAAGAAAUUGUUAGCAGAUAAACAACUAGGUUACGAGAAAACAUUCCGACCAAUUGUUAACCAAUCUGCGCCUGUUGUUCUUAACGUUGCUUUGGAACUAGUGUCUAUAGAAGAAUUUAACGAAGUACAAGAGACGCUCACCAUAACAGCAGUGGUAGUGCUGAACUGGAGAGAUGAAUAUAUGAAAUGGAAUCCAUCAGACUAUGGAAAUUUGGAACAGCUGGUCUUCGAGAGUGACAAAGUUUGGGUACCGAAUUUAGUUCUAAUAAACAAUGUUGAAAAACUUGAAAAGGUAGGUGAUGCGUGGCAGUUAAUUCGGUUUACUUCGGACGGUAUCGCCUUUUAUUAUCCUGGUAAUGUUUUUUCCGCAUCUUGCAGGGUAGAUGUCACAUAUUAUCCAUGGGAUAAGCAUAGAUGUAUAUUCACAUUUACUGCCUGGGGCCAAGAUACAUCCGAAAUAGUAUUCCAGCCUAGCACAGAAAAGGUGCAGACAACAUACUUUUCGGAAAAUGGAGCGUGGACAUUUUAUGAUUCAAGUGUUGAAACAUAUUAUGGAAAUGGUUCCAUGGAAUUCUCGUUGUACCUCAAAAGGAAACCUCGAUUUGUCUUAGUGAAUGUGAUAGUUCCUAUCAUUUUUAUGGCAUUUUUAAAUAUAAUGAUCUUCGCUAUUCCGGUAGAAAGUGGUGAACGAAUUUCAUACAGUAUAACUGUGCUCCUUGCAAUUGCUGUCUUUCUGACACUUGUUGGAGAUAAUUUACCGAAAACGUCGAGUCCAAUGUCGUUUUUCAGCUACUAUUUAUUGAUAGUUUUGGUCAUAAGCAUAUGCAUUGUGCUUGCAACGAUAUUUAAUGUGCGCCUCUACUACAGAGAUGAUGAAGAUCCUAUUCCUGGAUGCUUAUCAAGUUUUGUAAGAUGUAUGAGAUGUAAAUUUAAAAAUAAGAGGCAUAACCGAAAACGGAACUUUAAGAAAAACGCUUACGAAAGCAAUAGGUUUACCACCAGAAACAGAGAAACGCAACGGAACGAAAGUAAGUAUAAAAGAAACAAUGGCGUAAAUAAUGACAGUUAUGAUACAUCAAUCGUCUCAAGGAAGAGCAUGUAUCAUGGAAUGAGUAACAACCACAACAAGUUUCUGUCUGAUCUAAACUCGAAUAGCAACACGGAAGAGAGUGAGACAAAUUCAAUAAGAUUUAGACAAAAAGACAUGCUAAUGGAUUCAAGUAUUUCAUGGAAAGAUGUUAGUGCGACUUUUGACAGAGUCUUCUUUGUUCUGUCGUUCAUUAUUGUAUCGACAGCAACUGUCGUAUUUUUCAUGUAUAUAUUUGUCAGCAAAGAAAGUUAAGUUAAAUUCUAUACCACGUCAGGAUGUCGAUUUCAGACCUUUGAAUACAAAGCCAUACAAAUUUGAUUUUCCUUUGAAACAGCUUGAAUAAAUUUUCAGAUAUCUUGACGUUAGAAAAUUAUCUUCAUUUAUUUUGUGAAAAGAGUUACCUCUAAGAUGCUUUAGCAUUGUAUAAACAUGUGACACACAUGUAUACCUUAACAUUAAAUGGUCAAAGCAAAUGUAAAAAUAUAAAUUUAUGAGAAUCUUAAACUGACUGCAAGUGCAGAUGGAAAUAUCCGGCUCGAGAGUAACUGUUAAGGCGGUAAUGAGACUCUGCCGAAUGUUUCCAUCCGCACCUUCAACUAGUGAUAACUGUUUUUCUUGCAUGCAGUAUUCUUUAAUUAAUAGACAAAUGUUAUCUUUUUUACACUAUUAUAGUAUAUUAUAGAAGCGUAUGAAUUUAUGCAUUUAUUCAUAAAUUGCUGCACGUGAGUCAUCUUACACGUUUUUCUAGCACCGGCACAAUCAGGAGAAAACUUGUCUGGCAUGCAAGAAACGUAAUUUCAUGCACAUUUCGACGCUAAACUAGACGCAAAUAUAAUCCUGACAGAGGCAGUGUGUAUUUUUUCGACGCAAAAAUGCAUUCCUGUAAAGUAAAAUUAUCCUGACGCACAUUUAGACUUGCAAAAUACAAAUGAUAGUUCCGGUGCAAAUAUACUAGUGAAAGAACCUCAUGUUUUUAAUGAUGCGUAAUUUUACAAACCUUAAAGUGUGUUGCAUUAACAUAUUGAUAUUUAGUUGAAUCAAGUCAGCGAUAUGCAUACUAAUUCAUAUCAGCAGUCAAAUAUUCUGUAUAACAAGUUGCAUAUUCAUAUCUGCAAUACAUCGAUACAUCAUAAUAUCAAAAUAUUCUCGGUACAUAUGUAACCUUUCAUAUAAAAGGUUAGAUUAUUUUCAUGCCAGCUUGCAUGUUAUUUUCUGUUACUUCAAUGUUAAAUGGAAUUUAUGGAUUUUUUUGUAUUCUUUUUAUGUAAUAAAGAUUGUAUAUAUGUA